CAAAAACAUGUAACUGAUAUUUAACUUUGAAGAGAAGAACAGCCAUCCUGUUUGGACUGACAAAAGCCAAAAAGGAGUAUAAAAAGGGCCAAAACAGCACAAAUAGCAAAGCCUAUAGACAAAUUUUACACUCCUUUCAUAUCUCUUGGUUCUUCUUCUCUUCUUCUUCUCCCUAGUCCCACCACCACUCACUGUUCUUCUUUCUCUUUCUUUCACUUUCAUUCCAUUAAUCACUCUUCAAAAGAUUAGACCCUUUUUUAUUAGCAUGAGCUCAUAUCUUUCAUCUCCAAUCAUGGCUCUUUUAUUGUUCUUAGCUCUUUUUUUAAGCUUCACUAGCUAUUCAAGUGCAACAUACUGCUUGUGUAAGGGUGGAGCUCAAGAUCCAACAGCAUAUCAAAGGGUAAUAGAUUAUGCAUGCGGAGCAGGAGCAGAUUGCAGAGCAAUCCAGACUAAUGGUCCUUGUUAUGUAGCCAAUAAUCCCAAAGCUAUUUGUGAUUACGCUGUAAAUAGCUAUUUCCAGAACAAGGGUCAAGUUACUGGUUCUUGUGUUUUUUCUGGCGCUGCUAUGACUUCUGAUCAGCCCCCUACUACUGUGCCUACUGGAUGCACCUUUCCUACUAGUGGAAGCCCAGUAACCCCCGGUACAGGUACAGGUACCGGCAUCCCAUCCUCAACACCAGGUGGCAUCACCGGUACUCCCGGAUCAACGACAGGCAUAUUCAGCCCAACCGGAUUGGCUCCUAGCGGAGACUUUGGCUUGAACCCAAAUAAUAGUCCAUCUACAUUACACUUUAAGAACACCUUCUUGAUCACACUGGCUCUCUUUUCAGGUUUAUUAGCCUUGCGGGCCUAGACGGUUACGACUUGGGUAUUCGGGUGGGUGGGUGGGAUGUCUUUAGAUCAAUGAAUGAGAUUUUGUUGUGAUGGUAAUUGUUAUUAUUAAGUAGGAAAUCAUUCAUAAGGGACAAUCCCUAAUCCCACUAGGGUGUUUUUGCAAAAAAAAAACAAAUUGCUUUGUUUAAAAAUUUGGGAUAUAACAAGUUGGCUUCUUUGUGGUUUGAAAAGUUGGGAAUAUGUGGAGAUAUUGAUUCCAUAAUGAGCGGUGUUUUGUAAGGGUGGGAAGGAUGGACCAAUAUUUCAUCCUCUCAUCUCAUAUUCCUAGAUGCCUUGUUUUUUUCAAAUGUACAUCUUUUGCUUAGCUAGCCUUAGAAAUUAGUAGAUUUAGUACUAUUAUUUGUUUAAUAUUUUAAUCUAAUCACUAAAGCAUAUCCCAUUUACCUACUA